AUGGAAGGAGACUUGGAUGAGGGAGGAGUUCGAGUUGCUGAAGCCGACGAUUUCCACAGUAGGAACAUUCAUUCCGCUCCUGCCGUUGGGAACUAUAUGGGUCACGUGGAAUCGCCUUUAGGCCGUCAGUACCCUGAUACGCCCGGACCUGGUAAUAACGACGUUGGCACCUGGCGUUGGCAUAGGCGAAGGUCACAGCGCCCCGUACAGGGACAAGUUCCAGUCGCUGUAGCCCCAGACUCGACACCCGGACACUUCGCCCAAUUCGCGUCACCAUUAGCAGUUCGCGCUCACAUUCACCCUCAGACUCAAACACAUUUUCAGACUCAGGCUUAUUCAUAUCCUCAGACACCAAAUACACAACACGCUCAUCUUCAAUUACAGCACGAACAGAUACUCUUUUCACAUUCACCUCAUUCUCAUUCGCCACUUGUCGAUAAUUCCGCCAUAGUAAAUGGCCAUUUCGGUACCAUGGAGCAGAUUGAAACACAAGCAAGCGACUUGCGAUUCCUUGCCCAAGUACCGGUUUUGAAUCCAACCUCAAGUCCAUCUCUGGGCCCCGGCUCCGGCGCCGGAAGAGGUGGAACUCCUGCCCGAACCCCCGGAAGUGCCGUGGGAACGUCUGCAGGUGCUGCUAUUGCUUACGACAAUCAAGCCAGCCCAAGUUCCGCCUCUGUCGGGGACAAUUCCGCCCACGGUGCGAGUGCCUCCAAUAACAAUAAGAGGAAGUCAACAGAUGAUGGCCAAGGCAAUGUUGGGAAGCAGUCGAGAAGCAAAAGAAACAGAACGAUAAGAAGAGAGCCAAGACGAACAACGGAGGCGUGGUUCAUCAGCACAGGACUCGACGGCAUUCGCCUAUCGAAACGUCAUGAGUCUUCCGACGUCAACCACUUCGGCUUCCUUGUUGCACCACAUGGACAGACCCAAGCUGUCGGUAACGAAUGCAAGAGGCGCAAGAUAAAGUGCAACGGCGAAACUCCUUGCCAAAGAUGCGGUAACCUUAAUCUCGCCUGCCUUUACGCCCCCAACUGCUGUUCUGGAAACUUCAAAGAAUCGGACGAAUUCAAGCAGGUUACAUCACAGCUUGGUCGACUUCAAGAAGAAGUCGGCUGGUUACACCAGACAGUCAAGACCAUGCAAUCCGAGCCCGCCCGUUUCCCUUCAAUUGGUGAUCGAGCAAUGGCCCAUAGCCAUGGCGCAUCGACGAUUGCCCAUUCACCUUCUCAUAGUUCUACUUCAUAUAACCGCAAUGAUGGUUCAAAGUAUGGUUCGUUCCGAGGCCCUACAAGCAUGGCCUUUAGCUUGGAUGUUGCCAAUAACACCAUCAACAACAUGGGCUACAAGGGUAUCUCUGAUGAAGACCAGCAUAUGAACGAAGGGCUGGGUGCCAUGUCCAUGCGCCCAAUGGAUCCCCUCCAUGAAUUUGACAAGGACGAGAUGGUUCGUCUUUGCCGUCUACACGAGGAAGAAAUAGGAAUUAUGUACCCGGUGCUAAACAUUCAAAGUGUUAUAUCCCACGCCAAGGGCAUGGCGGCUUUCCUUGAAUCUGUUCGGCAGCAAAACCCCAGGGAACUCAUCAACGACGACAAGACUCUACAACUCAAGAUCAUUAUGUGUUGUGCCCUGGUAGUCGAAGAACAUGGGCAUAGCGACAAGGCGAUUCGCUUGUUCGACAGUAUGGAAACAGUACUCAACCGGAAGCUCAUGGCCGAAGCCGCCGAUGUUGGAACCAUACCGAUACUGGCUCUUGUUGCUGGCUACCGGUUCCUAUCCAACGACGAAGUUUUGGCGUGGCGCGUUAUGGGACAUGUUGCCAGAUUAUGCUUGGAGCUUGGUAUUCAUCAGAGAACAGGCCUGAUGAGGAUUCAGGAUGAAGAGGAGCGAAAGAACGCUCUGGUUAGCUUUUGGUCAGCCUAUGUUCUCGAUCGAAGGUGGGCCUUUGCGACUGGCCUUCCUUUCGUCGUUCAAGACGAGGAGAUCGAUACACUGCUUCCGUUCCCUGAGGAAUACCCAUACCUCGUCGCCAUGAUUACAUAUUCCCGCAUAGGAGCAAAGGUGUGGCGACAGGUUGCUCAUUUUGGGCCGAUUCUUGCGCGCGACGUACGUUCCGAGGAGCUGGAAAGCGUUGAUCAAGAGCUGCUACAGUGGUAUGAACAGAUCCCCGAAGAGGUAAAAGUUCGUAACUGGGACAAAGAGAAGCACAUCACGUCAACACCGUCGUAUAACCUCCAACGGUUGCGAAUCUGGACAUAUCUGCGCUUGAAUCAAAUGCGAAUUUGGCUUUACACGCCUGUUCUUCAUAGCGCCACAAGCAUUGUGGCACACCCUGCACAGUCAGAGCGUGUUGUCGACAUUGCCAAAGAUACUAUCCGCUAUCUCAGCCAUUUGAACAACACAACAAACCUAUACAGGCGUGUGCAGGUCUUCUACCAUCAGUUCCUUACAUCAGCUAUCGCCGUCGUCUUCCUCGCUUCCGUUCACGCCCCAGUCCGGUUCAGUGCUAAUUGCCGCGAGGAGUUCUAUAUGGCUCUGGAGCUGGUGAAGGAUCUCUCCGCUAAGAGUUGGGCCUCACAACGGCUGUGGCGGACAAUUAGAUCGCUCAAAGACGUGGCACCCCGAUUUGGAUUGAACCCUGAGGACGAUCCGCAGUCAACAGCUGCAUUGGGAAUGAUAGGGCUUGCGCGAGGCCACAUGGAUCAACAACAAACGUUCCGUAAACCCUCAAUACCAGGCCAACAAUCAUCAACAGCGACACCAGAUCCAUUGGCUCAGAACGGAUCGCGUAUCCAGGCCGAGAUGUCUCGCAUGUUUGAAGGGUAUGUGGGCUUGAAUGGUUUCCAAUAUAGCGAGAACGAUGGUCAAGGACAAGGCUCCAACAAUGAAGUAUCCGAGCCACCGAAUGGCAUGUUUGGAAUCGACGGUACGGUCUUUCCACAAUUUAAGGACAUGUAUUAG